GUUACGACGCCGUUUCAGAUAUGAAGAGGACAUUUUGGGCCUUAUAGGGUCCAUUCAAGGUCGGUUUGAAGUAAACUCGGCCUUUUCUUCUCUCUCUCUAAUACCCAAAACCAGAAAAUCUCAGACGAAGCUCCGUUUCACUACUUUCCUCUGCUUCAAUGGCCACCUCCAAUGGAGUCCAAGUUUCACCUUUAGGCACUUCUAUUGAAGAGCAUGGCAAAUCAAUUGAGCAUGUUGAUCCCGCGCCUACUCCAAACACAGAGACCACUAUUGCUAAAAAUGCUCGGGUUGAUGCCAUGUGGGAGCAAAUGAAUAAGGGACUCUCUAAGAAGGAAAUGCAAGAUUUGUUAAAGAAGCCUACAAAAAAAACUGUGAAAACUACACAGAAGUCGGCUUCUAAUUGGAAGACUUAUCUUGGCCUGGCACCAAAGGGGAUAGUCUCCCCGAAACAAGAUGUGCCGAAGAAAGAACCUAGCACCACUGAUAACAGCUCCAGUGACGAAGCCAAGAGGGUUGCAGCUGCUGCGCUUGCGGCAGUUAAGGAUAGUGCAGCUGCUGCAUCAGUAAAGGGAAAAGUCGAGAUUAUGGAGGUUCGAGACUUUGCAGGGCAAGAUAUUGAAGUUAAGAAGCUUGUUGAUGCUGACUCAAAGGAGGCGUUGGAAAAGACCAAAGCUAGUGCACCUUCUGCUGUUGAUGCUGUUCUCGAGCAAAUUAAGAAGAAACAAAAACUGAGCGUGUUGGACAAGACUAAAAAGGAUUGGGGAGAGUUCAAAGAAGAAAAUAAAGGACUAGAAGAUGAAUUGGAUGCUUAUAAGAAGAGUUCUAACCAGUAUCUGGAUAGAGUUUCAUUCUUGCAGCGAACAGAUUACAGGGAGUUCGAGCGGGAAAGGGAUGCACGGCUGGCUGUGCAAGCCAAGAGAAAGCCAGAUAUGAGGGAGGACUGAGGAACUGUAACAACUUGGUGAUGGUAUUUUGACUUUGCUCACUAUUUCCAUUUGAUAAGCUUGAUUUUCUUACAGCCAUCUACUAUGCAUCUUCAUGAUCAUGAGGUGUGUAGUUUAAGGUGUUUCCAACAGAUUAGAGAAUCCUCACUCAAAGCGAAGAGAGGAGAGAGAGGCAUAAUUGUACAAACGCACAUUAUUUAUGUCCUUAAAACUUUCAUUUGAUUUAGUUGGUCGUUUCUUACUUGUAAACAAAGAGCAGACAUUAACUGCUACCUCAUGAAUCAAAUUGC